GCUUACUGCGCAUGUACUUACCGGUGAAAGAGACAUGGCAAGUGUUUCGACUGCUUCUUGUUGUUGACUAUUUUUUUAUAGAUAGCAAGUUACUCAAAAAUUAUCUGAAAGACAUGAUGACGCAUACAUUAAAUAAUAAUUUGUGAAACUUAUUUUAUGUAACUGAUCGCCAUAAUAAUCGUAAAUUAUGUCGAACACACGGGAAGCAGAGGUACAAAACCUCAAAGAACGUGGAAACGCAUGUGUGAAAGAACAAAAGUAUGAAGAGGCUAUGUUCCAUUACACUCAUGCCAUUAAACUAGAUCCACAGAAUUAUUCCUUGUACAGUAAUCGAUCAUUCGUGUUUUUAAAACUACAGCAAUAUCAUUUUGCAAUGGAAGAUGCAUUAAUGACAAUUCAAUUAAAACCUGAUUGGACCAAGGGUUAUUUCAGGAAAGCUGAAGUGGAAUCACAAACUUUUCGCCUCAGUGAAGCACUUCAAUCUUACAAUAAAGCUUUAUCUCUUCAACCAAAUGAACCAACAAUUUUAGAGGCAAUGAACAGAGUAUCACAAUUACUAAUUAAAGACAAACGAGCUGAUCAACAGAUACCUUGGCUCGGUGCUGGUGUUGGUAUCAUACUUGGAGUAAUAGUUGUAAUUGCUGACUAUGUUUUUACAAAUAAACCUACAUUAACGCAUCCUCUUUUAAUGGCCUUAUUAACAAUGUCUAUAGCAAUGCUGGGUUUUGGCAUUGCAAAGGGGUUCCGGUAUUUUGUAAAAUGUCAAAGAAAAUCACUUUUGGAACCUCCAGUGGAUCUCUUUGGUGAUAAUAAAGAAGAAUUUGAUGAUGUUGAAACUGAGAUGAAUAACGAAAAAGAGAAACAUCCAAAAUACAGUAAAGCUCAAGCACGACAAAGAUUCAAAAAAGGAAAAUCAUAGUGUGCUUUGAUACUAAUGUUAUUAUUAGACAUGCGUUUUUAUGUAAAUUUUAAAUUCAGACACUUUUUAGCAUCUCAGGAAAGCACUAAAUGUUUAUGAUCAAUGUUAUUACAUUAACUGAAGAUUAUAUUGAUACUGUUUAUAUUUUAUACUUCAGUUAUUGUUAAAUGAUGUUAAAAUACUGACAAUGAUGACCAUGUGCCAGAAUUUUUCUGUAUUUACUUGUAUUUUAUGUUUAGAAAUUUUUAUAUUGAACAUUUCCUACUUAACAAUUGAAUCCAUUAGUUAUAAAUUUAAUUUGUAAUUUGAGAUAUAUCACAAGAAAUAAGGCUGCGAUGAUAAUAUAAUUACUGGUAAGUUAUGUAGUACAAAUGUUUCUAAAUUCCAAAUCAUAAGAAAAACUUCAAUAUAAAUAUUUAAAAAUAUGAAAUGUUUCAAUUUUGAUAAAAACUGGCAAACAGUAAUUUAUGCUAUUCAGAACUUCAUUAUGGUUAUAUUGUAGGAUCAAAUAAUUUAAUCAUACACCUGAUGCAUACAACGAAUAUUCUAUUUAAUCAAAAGAAUGAUUGCUUACAUUCAAUUUUUUACACUCACGAUAAAAAAAAAUUAAACAUAAUCAAUUACCUAAAAAGUAUUUAAUUUCUGGUAAGAUACAAUAACUAAUAAGAAAACAGAAGUUCUUAAUAUAUAGACUUAUAUACUUAUGCAAUAAAACAUUAUUUAAAUUUUAAAUUUUAUAUACAUUAUAUACUAUGCCUUUAUUGCAAGUAUGAAUGUGCAUAAGUUAAUAUACAAUUGAUGAUAUCAAAUUUUCCAAAUACUUAUACGUAUCUUUCACUUCAAUGAUUUUAGUAGUUUAGUACUCUUGUUAAUAUCAAAGAAUUUUUAAUCUCAUUAAAUUACUUCUACAUAAAAACUCAAGUACAUAGAUUACACAUAGAAGUACAUAUAGAAAAACAUGAAUAUAUAAUAGUAACAUUUACAAGCAUGAAUAUUUAAAUAUUCUGUGCAAAUGUUUAAACUGAUUUGAAAUAGAUUAGAUUAAAGUAUUGAAAUUUGUUCACAUUUUUGCGUAAGCUAAACUAUUAUAAAUUAUUACACUAUGUUAUGAUCAUUUACAAAUUGAUUAUUUUCUUAUAUGUCAUGUUAAAAUUGAUCGUCUUAAAUAUUUACGCAUUGUCACUAACAUCCCAAUACGUUUUCAUAAAGAUAUGUAAUUAAAAAUUACAUAUUAAUGAACAUAUUUUACUUAAUCGCAACACAUAUAUCGUAUUCAGUACGGCAAACAUUAUAUUAAACUCUUGCAUUUAUAAUUCGUUUAUGUAACUGAAUUAUCAUAUUAAUUCAAAUGUAACGAAUCAAUAUCCUAGUAAAUGCAUGUUAAAUCUCUUCUAAAUUAAUUAUUAACAAUAUACAUUAUUCAAUUAUAUAAAUUUUAUAUACAUGAGAAUACAUUUCCGUAUAAACUUAUAAAAUUGUUGACAAGAUUGAAAGAGAAUAUAAAAAAACAAAGUUUUUAUAUCAAAUAUAAUAAGUAUAUUGUAUAUAUAUUUAACAAUAUUGUACAAAAAUUAUUUGUAUGAAUUCUUCAAAUAAAGUUGUAAUACAUUUAAAUUAUACAAAUUGAAAUACAAAGGGGUACAUGCUAUGUAUUUGUCUUAAUGAAAGAUGUUAGUGAUAACACGUUUUUUUUCUCAACCGCAUUGGCUGUGCGCCAGGUGCUCGAGACUUAGUUAUCCGUAGAUCACUAAGAGCUCGUUAAGUGUAAAUUCAAAUGUACAAGCUGUUACAUACUAACAAUAAGUACAUACUCUUUCUAAUUAUUUACGAUUUCAAAUUUUCCAACUAUGAAUAUGUAUGAUAUUUCUGUUAAUAUAAAACUUUUGAAUGAAUUGUAGAAUAUUAUAUACCAAAAUUAUUAGCAUACAUCUUUUUCAAUAAAUAUCAAAUUUGUACAUGCUUAUACAUGAUUAUAAAAAGUAAUAUAACGGCGCGAUAGAUCCAGAAAGAUAGCGCCAGAAAGUUAAUGAG